AUGGAUUCGUCGUCCCACAGUUCAUUCUUUGGGUUCAACAAUCAGCCACAGGGGGAUCUACCAUCGAAGCAUGAUGGAUCUUCCGCGAAUGGGCAGCAGAAUGAGCCGACCACAGUUCAGACGAUAGGUGACAAGCCAAGGACAAUUCACGUGGCACACCGGCGUUCGCCAAGUGAACUAACAACAUUAAUGCUGGAGCAGCUUAAUCUUCAGAGACAGCUCGAGAUAGUGCAGCAGCAGCAACAGCAGAUUCUACAGCAGCAGCAGCAGCUUUCGCAGCAGGCAGGCAUGGGGGGAAAUUCAUUCGAGGGAAAUUCGAGAAAUGCACUUGAUGGAAACUCAAGAAACACUCUUGGCCUCCAGGGAACGGCAUCAGGCACUCUUGGCCUGCAAGGGCUCACGCUUACGUCAGCAUCAAACGCCUCAUAUCUCUCUGGAGCCCACAGACGGUCUUCAAGCUCCACAGCCUUGCCGUCUGGCCAGGAAUUCACGUUUGGCAACCAUUUGCACAAGCGGACCCAGUCGUCGGCCUCGUACCGCGGGUCACCGGAGGUCUUAGAGGAGGGGAGAUUACAACUUUCCGGCCACGCGAGAUCGCACUCUCGGUCGCAGUCACAGUCUCCUUCUUUCCAUUCAUUCAAGUCCCCACAGUUUCCGGCUGGAAUGGGGCAUGCCCGGCGGCAUUCGUUGGGCAUUACGGAGGCCCGGAGAGCGGCAGCAGAAGCCCAGGCACAGAGAGUGCAUUCUCCAUCGAAACUGGGCCGGCGGGCGGGCUUUGGGCUCGUUUCUCCACUUUCUCCACCAUCUUUAACUGUUACCCCGGCUCAAAACUCUACUCAGGGUCUUGCACCUCCUCCUCCAGGCCUUUCAGCACCGCCUGGCCUGAAUGAAAGCCAGUCUUUCAAGUUUCCGGCGGCAUCUUCGUCGUCUCCGCAGCGUGGAUUCCAGUUUCCAGCGUCCCAGCCCGGUUCCAGCGGAGUCUCGGCUCUUGGCCCACCACAGCCGUCGUUUGCCGAGCAAUCUGGCGGUUAUUCUGGCCACAGGAGGCUUGGAUCAGCUUCCAGCAUGAAUUCCGCCUCUGGAUUCAGUCUGGGCCACCACAGAAAGCAGGGAUCGUAUGGAGGGUCUGCGUCAUCCAUCACACAGUUCCAAAACGGGCAGAGAAAGUCGCUGUUUGCCCCAUAUUUGCCGCAAAACUCGCUUCCUGAGCUCAUUGGUGAGGGAAGACUCGUGACGGGCACUUUAAGGGUGAAUAAGAAGAACCGGAGUGAUGCUUACGUGUCUACAAACGGGCUUCUAGACGCGGAUAUCUUCAUCUGCGGGUCUAAGGACCGUAACAGGGCGCUUGAAGGUGAUCUGGUUGCAGUUGAGCUUCUUGUGGUGGACGAGGUGUGGACGUCAAAGCGUGAGAAGGAGGAAAAAAAGCGAAUCAAGGACUACAAGGAGUGGGCCGAGGGAAACCGGAAGAAGGGCGCGGGUUCGAACCCGGCCCUGCCCAUCACAGACUCCCACAAUGAUGCAACCGAGAGCGAGAAGUUGCACAGCCAUGAUUCAACCGGCCAGCCUUUGAACCGGAAGGGAUCUCUAAAGCAGAGACCUACGCAAAAGAAAAACGACGAUGUCGAGGUGGAGGGCCAGUCGCUUUUGCUGGCUGAGGAGGAGGAAAUCAGCGAUGUGCAAAAGCCGUUGUAUGCAGGGCACAUUGUGGCAGUGAUUGAUCGAAUUCCAGGUCAGCUCUUCUCUGGCACUUUGGGGCUUCUUCGGCCAUCCCAAGCUUCCAAGGAGAAUAAAAACGGCAAGUACGCCAAGAGAAACGGCGGCAAGGGGGGCCGGCCGAAAAUCAUCUGGUUUAAGCCCACAGACAAGAAGGUGCCUCUCAUUGCGAUCCCAACUGAGCAGGCUCCAAAAGACUUUGUGGAAAACCAUGAAACAUACGCGGACCAGAUCUUUGUCGCCUCUAUUAAGCGGUGGCCAAUCACAUCCUUGCAUCCAUUCGGCACACUAGUGAGUCUUUUGGGCCCAAUCGACGACCCACAGGUCGAAGUCACAAGCAUUUUGCGCGACAACAAUUUCCAGGGAAACGAGUACCCGGACAGAGCUGUCGACAGAUGCCUAUCUGAGCUUCCCCGGGUCGAAGACGGGCUUUCCGGUCGCAGGGACUUGCUUUCCGAGUAUGUUCUUGCCUUUAGCCAGAAUGGUGUGGUUUCUGAAGCUGCCAUGCACGUCAAGGUGGCUCGGAACAACCGUAUUGAGCUCGGUGUGCACAUUGCAGAUGUGACAUACUUUGUUGGCCGGAACUCCGGCCUGGACAAGCGGGCAAGAAAGAGAUCUCACGGUGUUGCACUUCCUCAAAAAACAGUUGGUCUUUUCCCCGACGAUGUUUCUCAGGCCUUCUCGUUUGACGCCAACAAGACCAGUCUUGCCUUGAGUGUUGUGUUCGAGAUCAGCUCUGCCACCUUUGAGAUCCAGGAUGUUUGGAUGGGCCAGACUGUCGUGAAGCCCGCCCAAAAAGUGAGCUACGAGGAGAUGGACGAGAUUUUGGGAGGUGAGAAGAGGGCAGAAGGUGAGGGUCGACAAUCCGGCAAGAAAGAGGAUGGCCAACUAUCCGGCAAUGGUGGAGAUAGCCAGUCAUCAGGCACCAACAACGCCCAACAACCAAACAAGAAUCCUCCAUCUGCUGCCGCAGGUUAUGUUGCCACUCUCCAACUCAUCUCGGACAGGCUUCGCAAAAAGAGACUCGGCAACCCUGGCCUUAAUGCUGACGUGUCCACACCUCUUCUUGACAGGUUGGAUGACGAAAGCGUUCGUCCUUCUCUCAACAUAUACACGGAGGAUAAGGCGAGUGAAGUUCUAGCAGAGAUCUUCCAUGCAGUCAAUGCUGCAGUAGCUCAAAAGAUUCAUUCUGGGCUCGGAUCGCGAGCCUUACUGCGCAAAUACCCUAUGCCAACAGUCUCGAAGUUCGAGGCUCACUUGGCGAAAAUUGAGCGUCUGGGUGUGAAACUUGAUACCACGAACUCGGUCACAUUCCAGAACUCAUUGCUCACUAUCCAGGAUCCCCUCAAGCGGUCUGCUGUGGAAACUAUUCUUGCCAAAUGCAUGCCUAAGGGCCGGUAUGUUGUUGCUGGUAGAAGUGACCAGAACUUGGGCCACUUCUUGUUCAACAGCCCAACUUACACUCACUUCACGUCUCCAUUACGCAGGUAUGCGGACCUCGUCGUCCACAGACAGUUGAAGUCCGUCGUUUGUGCAAACACCAACCCUGAUGCUACUUCCUAUGCCGAGUCCAUCGACUCACUGAAGGUCACCUGUGACUACUGCAACUUCAAAAAAGACUGUGCCCGGGCCGCACAGGAGCAGGCCAUCCAUCUUUUGCUCUGCCAGACUGUUAAUGACAUGGGCCGGGAAACUGGCCAGAUCUUGUGCACGGGUGUUGUUUUGCAGGUCUACGAGUCCUCGUUUGACGUUUAUCUUCCAGAGUUUGGCAUCGAGAAACGUGUACACGGAGAUCAGUUACCUCUCCGGCGGGCCGAGUUUGACAAGACCCAGAGAAUGCUUGAAUUGUACUGGGAGCCUGGCGUUGAUUCGGCUACGUACGUUCCUGAGGACGAAAAUAAUGCUCUUUCGUACAGGGCAUCGAUCAAAAAUAAGUACAGGGCUCCUGCUCAGGCUGCUGCCAAGCAUCAGGCGGAGACAAAUGGUCAGUUGCUAAGUGCCGCAAUGCUUCAGAGACUCCAAACUUUCCACCAACAUGCACCUUCGUUGUUCCUUGCUCCAGGAGAAGGAAGUGCCAAAGGUUCUUUGGCUGCUUACAUGAAGCUGUGUGUUACGAAGAUGGACGGAGACGAGCAUAUCCAGCAGAUAAAGGUUAUGCAAAGGAUCCCUGUUCUUUUGCGUGCGGAAAUAGGUAUGGCUUUACCAUGCUUGACCGUCAGGACGCUCAAUCCGUUUGUGGAUGAGUAG